AUGGUAGAAAGUACCCGAUAUACUUCUUUUUUACAGAAACCGGCCGUCUCCUUCUUAAGUACGAAGGCGCAAACAGCUCGAGGCAACCUCACCUGCGACCGCAGACUCAUCCGCAAGACUGCGACGCUCCUUUUAACACCAGCGCGACUCCUCCCUAGCAGACGCUUCGAGCUUGAGGCUACCUUCACCGACAACCUGCUGCGAAUAGCAGCAGCCGAGCCCCUCGGAAGGAAGCGCCGGUGAGGAUCUCUGGCGGCCGAUACCCAUUUCCUCGUGUCCUCCUCCUCCUCCUCCUCCUCCUCCUCCUCCUUCUUCUUCUUCUUCUUCUCCCCUUCCGCCCUCCGCUAGCGACGGACGAGGUAACCGCAGAGGUGAGGCAGAAGGGCGCAGGGAGCUCCCCGGUCCCCCUGCGAAGCGCCCACGUGAGGAGCUGAGGACGUCCCGCCUGAAGGAAGCUCGGCGCGCCGAAGAGCCUGAGAGGAGGCGAGGAGAGGGGAAAGCGCGCGAGCGGAAGAGCGGUUGA